UGCAGGGGUUUCUGGGUAAAGAUGGACGUCCACGACCUGUUUCGCAGACUCGGCGCGGGGGCUAAAUUCGAUGUAAGACGCUUCUCGGCAGACGCAAGCCGUUUCCAGGUAGGAAAAAGGAAAUAUGACUUUGAUUCUUCAGAAAUGCUGCAGGGAUUGGACUUUUUCCAAAACAAGAAGUCUGUCCCAGGUGAGUGUGGAAUAUCAAGAAGACAUCAGGAGCUCCAAGAUGAAGAGAAAAAAGAAAGCCUGUUUGAAAGGAAGAGGGAGCCGAACAAGAAAAAAAGGAAGAUAACUUCAGAAAUUACUUCUCAAGAAGAAGGAACUACUAUACAGUGGAUAUCAUCUGUGGAAGCAAAGAUUGAAGAUAAAGAAGUUAAAGGAAAAAAUAAACUAACUUCAGAAAAAUUGGAACUUCUCAGAAAGGAGAAGAUAAACUUCUUCCGGAAUAAACACAAAAUUCAUGUUCAAGGAACUGAUCUUCCGGACCCAAUUGCUACAUUUCAGCAACUUGACCAGGAAUAUAAAAUCAAUUCUCGAUUGCUUCAGAACAUUCUAAAUGCAGGCUUCCAGAUGCCUACACCAAUCCAAAUGCAAGCCAUUCCAGUUAUGUUGCAUAGUCGGGAACUCCUGGCUUCUGCUCCUACUGGAUCUGGAAAGACUUUAGCUUUUAGCAUUCCCAUUUUAAUGCAGCUGAAACAACCCACAAAUAAAGGCUUCAGAGCUCUGAUUAUAUCACCAACACGAGAACUUGCCAGCCAGAUUUACCGAGAAUUAGUAAAAAUCUCUGAUGGAACAGGAUUCAGGAUACACAUGAUUCACAAAGCAGCAGUGGCAGCCAAAAAAUUUGGACCUAAAUCAUCUAAGAAGUUUGAUAUUCUUGUGACUACUCCAAAUCGACUAAUCUACUUAUUAAAGCAAGAUCCUCCAGGAAUAGAUCUAACAAGUGUUGAGUGGCUGGUAGUAGAUGAAUCAGACAAACUCUUUGAAGAUGGCAAAACUGGGUUCAGAGACCAGCUGGCUUCCAUUUUCCUGGCCUGCACAUCUCACAAGGUCAGAAGAGCUAUGUUCAGUGCAACUUUUGCAUAUGAUGUUGAACAGUGGUGCAGACUCAACCUGGACAAUGUUGUUACUGUAUCUGUUGGAGCAAGGAAUUCUGCAGUAGAGACUGUAGAACAAGAACUUCUCUUUGUUGGGUCUGAGACUGGAAAACUUCUGGCUAUGAGAGAACUUGUUAAAAAGGGUUUCAAUCCACCUGUUCUUGUUUUUGUUCAGUCCAUUGAAAGGGCUAAAGAACUUUUUCAUGAACUCAUAUAUGAAGGUAUUAAUGUGGAUGUUAUUCAUGCAGAGAGAACACAGCAACAGAGAGAUAAUACAGUCCACAGCUUCAGAGCAGGAAAAAUAUGGGUUCUUAUUUGUACAGCCUUGUUAGCAAGAGGGAUUGAUUUUAAAGGUGUGAACUUGGUGAUCAACUAUGACUUUCCGACCAGCUCAGUGGAAUAUAUCCACAGGAUAGGUCGAACUGGAAGAGCAGGGCAUAAAGGAAAAGCUGUUACGUUUUUCACUGAAGAUGAUAAACCGUUAUUAAGAAGAGGAGUUAAGUACAUAAACAUCAGUUUGACAAGAGACAAAUUUAUGGAUUCCUUUUUCAGUGUUGCCAAUGUUAUACAGGAAGCUGGAUGUCCUGUACCCGAAUACAUAAAAGGUUUUAAAAAACUACUAAGCAAACAAAAGAAAAAGAUGAUUAAGAAACCAUUGGAAAGAGAGAGCAUUAGUACAACUCCAAAAUAUUUCUCAGAAAAAGCUAAGGACAAACAGUAAGUACAUGGAAAAAGGUCACUGAUCAACUAGAGGUCACAGCAAGAAGAAAGUAGCUCUUGAAGAAAGAAGUUAAAACCAAACUUUUUAGAAGACUAGACCAGAAAUGUAAUUUUAUGAUCCCAGCAUGGAUGUUGUUUUCGUGGAAUACUUCAAGUCAACCUGUACAAACAUUUGAAACCAAAUGCAUGGGGAUGGUGAAAAAUUAUGAUUCUAAAAUAUCAGUCAUGUCAUAUUUCAAUUUGUAGAUCACUUUUAAAUGAUUAUGUGGUUUGAAUCCAAAGAGAUAACUUCUUAUAGAAGAACAAAAGCUUAUGUUAAAAAUAAGAACACCCAUUUGUGGUGAACUCCUAAGGAUUUUUCCCUUCAAAUGUGAAGGAAGGUGUGAUGUAUGCUGUAGAGAGGCAUCUAGAAUGAAUUUCAAAGUAAAGCCUUGAGAUUGAAUGCCCUUUUUUUGUUUGUUUUAAUGGAUGGACAAGAAGAACAUAGGCUGCUGAAGAAAUCUACAGCUCUCUUUAUUUUACUGUUUCUUAAUUUGUUCAUGGUCAUCUUGUGGUGUGAGCUACAGCUCUUCUGUGGCUGGUCAUUCAAAUUCCCUAGGAUUUUUUAUUCCUUGGUUUAUUAAAUAUUCUUAUACCAACGUAGCUCAUACCUUACCUGUCAUGAUGUUGUAACUAAAAAGAUUAUGUUCAGCCUCUCCCUAUCUUGCUUCAUUUUCCGUAUGUAACAGUGCUCUCCUGCUUCUUUCCAUGCGAGAUGAUUUUGCUUGAAAACUGAUAAAUGUUUUAUCCUGCUAAGGAAGAAUGUUCCUGCUACUCGAUAUACCUAUGACUUCAUUCUCUCCCAGCUUAUCUUUCCUGAGGCUUUAAGCUCUUCAUCCAUUUAGUAACCAGAUCCCUGUCAAAUGUAAAGGAAUUAUGAUUAUACAGUGAUGGAAAAUAUUCUCGGCUAUUAGCAGAUUUUUCUUAGUUUCUACUUUUGUACAGUGGAAUAAAAACAUUAAAUUUAUACAUAACAAGAACUAGAAGCAUGCUUGACACAUAAAUGUUAGCUAUUAUUAUCAGUACUUCUACAAUUCCAUAGUGAAAGUAGCCUUUCCUCAGCAGCAUUUGGAUUAAACCUGUUUCCUUUAUUCUCUGCUUUUUAUUCUAGAUUCAGGACAGGUAGACUCCAAUUUGAAUACUUAAAUGGUACAGAAAUUGUUCAUCUUCAUGGUUUAUUUAAAUGGAGAACUAUUUCACCAGGUUGCAGAGAAUAACAGAAGGACUUUGAUUUGUUUUUCAUUCUUGCAAAUGGAUCCUUGAUGCAAUAUAUAUUCUGGAGGCAGGUAUAAUGGUGCUACGCAUUUGCCAGCUAUGUGAUUUUGGAUAAGUUCUUUAAUUUCUCAGAGCAUCAGUUUUUUUCUUCUGUGCAAUUGGAGGUAAUAUUAACUAUGUCUCAAGAUUGGAAGUACCUAGUACUGUGCCUGAUACAUAGUAAACUCAACAAACAUUCCUCCAACAAACAUUUUAGUUUUUUAUAGAAAUACUAGAUUUGAAAACACAGUCCCUUCUCUUACAAUGUAGUAGUGGAGAUAAGGAGCAAAUAGUGUGGCAAAUGCUGAAGAAUCAAAGGAGGGCAUAUAACCCAGAUUAGGGUGUUGUAGGCUUCCCAGAGGCCUGAGCUGAGUCUUGUAGGAGUCAGCAGGCAAAGAAGGGCAGUAACAUUCCAGGAAGAAACAGAUCAUAUCUUCUGUGAACCUUGAUAAAUUCCCUUCAUUUGACUUUAUUUCCUCUUUUAAAUAUUUUCUUCUAUGUAUCCAUCCAUAAAUAAACUGUCUACAUAAACCUCCACCAACCUGAUUUAUCAGUGGAUUAUGAAAUUUGUACUUUCAGGUUAGUUGGAAUGAUCUAUACAAAUUUAAGUUUUACCUAAGGAAGCAGUGGAGUGAAAUUAGUGAAUUAGACAAUUAUGACAAAAGAGUAAAUGGUAGUUGAUAGCGCCAGGGAAAUGAACAAUGACUUUCAAGUCAAACUGACCUGUGUUUGAAUCCUGACCCUGCUGCUUGCAGCUGUCUUUCCUGAGCAAAUCGCAACAUCAACUUUUUUUGACCUUGGUUUUCUAAUCUGUAAAAUGCCAAUACUAACAUUUAGGAAUUUUAAAAAUGCACAUGAAGUUCCUGACCAGUAAUUUGUGCCCAAUAAGUGAGAGUUAUUACAAAUUGUUUCCAGGUAAAAGCCCUGAAGCUAAAGUUGAAAGUAGAUGAAGCUAAUUAUAAUUAACCAACUGCUUAUACCGGUAAGCAAACUACUUGAAAAUUUGAAAAAAAUUUACUCGUGGCUUCUGUAUUUUAUUUACAGGAUGUAGUUGGAUUAAAAAAAAUAAGUAAAAAUAAUUAUGAAGUAA